UUAUGGCAUAAUCAAAAUAACGUGUCCGCUCACUUGAUGGGUGAAUUACAAAAUUACUAUGGGAUGCUGAUGUCAAAGUUGCUGACCUUUCACCAGGAUCAAACUAGUUCCGGUGCAAUCACCAGUGUUAGCAGACGACGAUUGGGUUUUGCCCGCGCGACGUAGCAGUCUGACUGUGGUAUUGAUCGAGAACAUCACAUUCAAAAUGCGGGAAACCGUUAUCAUGGCUUGACAAUAAUGGAGCAGCAUGUAUAUGGAGGAGGGAGAGCAAGAAGAAGAGCAAAAAGCCGUCAAGCAGUCGCUAUGUGGUUCUCUCCGCCAUGACGCCCACUGGAAGUGCCUCAUUCUCACCGUGCUCAUCUACAGCUGCCUCGGUGCUGUCGCCUGGUGCCGCCUGACCAUCGUCAACAGGCAGAUGGUCGACUACUAUAUCACCCUGACGCCGCUCAACCGCUCCAACCCGUGCAACGACGGCUACAUCUACAUCCCCGUGGCCUUCGUCAUCAUGCUGUACCUCGUGUACCUGGUGGAGUGCUGGCACAGUCACACGCGCAUCGAGCUGCAGUACAAGGUGGACAUCAAUUCCGUGUACGACCGGGUGGCCGUCAUGAAGGAGGCGCUGCCCAUCAUCUGGUGGAAGGCCAUAUGCUACCACUACGUGCGGCGCACCCGCCAGGUCACCAGGUACCGUAACGGGGACGCGUUCACGUCCAGCCAGAUCUAUUACGAAAGGGUGAACUCUUGCACGGCGGGAUCCGCGUUCAACUUCACCAACUGUGGCAUUAAGGACAGGUCGAAGAAGCUGUGUUCCUUGGAGAAAUAUCCGGCCACCAAGAUAAGGUUCACGAAGGGCUUUUCGUUCCUCACGAUCGAGGCGGAGUGUGAGUUCGAGGACCAGCGCGCACAGUUCUUCCAGGAAUACGAAACCAGAGACGACUACAUGGAAGGUAGGGAAGGGAUGGAUCUGUUGAAUGUUCACUUUAAGGAAUACAUGAUAGCCUUCGCCGAUCCCGAUCAUCUGCCGUGGUACGUGUCGAACAUGAUAUUCUGGGUGGCCUCUUUCCUCCUUCUCUCGUGGCCUUUACGUGUGAUUAUAGAAUACAAGACAGCCCACCUUCAUUAUCAUGUUCACAAGUGCUUUGGGACAAACUAUGUGAAUGCAGCCGUCGUACCUGCAGCUAUAUCUCGCGCCACUACGAUGAACAGCACAGAUUUCGAGAUGAACAUCCGGAACAAUAAUAUACUGGUUCCCAGUUAUUCCGAAGCGCUGUUGUUUGACCCAACCAUUCAGCGGUACACGCCCGAUGCAAACGGUUUCAUCACCACCAGGGUACCGCCGCGUAGCCUGACGUUUUCAGCUCUUCCGCCAUCAAAUAGUAGUGGUUUUAUUCGAGCCUUCUUCUCUCGAGAUUUCCUGUCGAGCAUGAGAUUUCGUACGUACAACAGUUGCACCGCCAUUGGCGAUGACGACAGGAAUGCCCUCACUGGACAGGAUGACGAGGAUUUCGUGCGAUCUGGAUCUUUUCGUCGAAAGCAGAAACAGAAGAAACAAAAACGUCCUUCAAGCACCAUUCACCUCAAUACGUUUACCAGGGCCGUAACCGUGCUCACGUCCCCGGACAGAACAGAGGAACGGACGACCAACUUCUUUCCAUCGUCACUACCCGCCGUGAACAUUCAGCCCGAGAACAGGCGGAGUAGUUACCUGUGUAAUGCCAGUUCUAGUUUUUCACAUGGGUCUCGAGCUGACAGUGUUACCAGUCCGGAUACGCCAAGCGAACACAUCAUAUUCGAACUUGGAGAGGAAACUGAUCACGCAGACAUGCACACUUCCGGAAGUGACGUCACGCAGCCUCCACCCUAUGAAGACGCUCUGAAUAUGCAAAGACUUUUGGAGGAAACGCCCGAAAUGAAUAAUCCGAUUCCACACGAGCAAUUAACUAAUGAAAAUCAAACUAUUUUAUCACCUGACCAAGCUCAGCGAUAUUAUCGCACAAUUGAAUGUAUGGAAACUGCAUUGUGAAGCAAUUUACCGAUGAGUUAUAUUUAUCCAGUACUGGGACUGUUAUAGUAAUAUUUAAUAGCUCGUAAUAUACACGUCAUCUCUCUGUCCUGGACAGACAGCCCAGUAAAUUGAAGUGCGUACCAGGAGAGUGUUCUUGGACCUUACUCUGAUAUGAGCAAGAAAAUCAAGUAAUAAUACAUUUGACACAAGAUUGUUACAUAAACAUUUUGAUUACCAAGUUCUUUCAUUUGAAUAUACACGUAACAGUUGGUUAAUUUGUAUUUUACCUAAUGUGUGCAAUAACCUGCGUUAUGUGUGCAAUAACCUGAGUUGUGUAUGCGUCUCCAAGUGGUCCUGUGAUUUUUUGUUUUAUUCCAAAGAUGAUCUCGUCGUACAUAAAUGUACAAACAAGAGGAAACUGUGUUAAAUAUCAUUUAUAAUUAUUAUAGUUAUUGAAGAUCUACUCGGCUUCAAAGAUCAUCUAUAGGAAUCUUCUAUUUGUCUAGUACAAGUUAUGGAGUUGUACUAAUUUUUAAAUAAUUAAAAUUAAUAACACCAGUAUAACUUGAACAUUUAAUUAUGCAAUUAGCAUAAUAUAUUCUACAGUUGGAGAUAAUAGAUAAAGACCAAUAUAAAUUGAAACAUGAACAUUGACCAUAAUUUUGUCAUUACAGCAAUUCUAAUGAUUUUUCACACUAGACUUUUUCACACAGUCUAUUUUAAAAGGCAGGACAUUAAAUAAGAUUGUGACAGACAUUUAUAGAUCGGAACUAGAUGUAUACAUGCUGCUGUGUUUCCAUUGUGUUGUCAAUAUUUAACCAACACUCUUUAGCUUAGCAGUCUGACUGGCAUGUUGAUAGCGCCAUAGACGUGGCAAUACUUUUCUCUCUCUUUUUACCUGGAUUGGCCUCAAUUUAACAAUGACCAGAUAGUAUUGCCUCUGGGUUGUUCUAAAUGAAGUUGAAUAGAGUCUGCCACUGUGCUUUAGCUGUUGUAACACCAAACUAAAUGUUACCGUAUAUGAGUUGCAAUAAAACGUGUAUUUUUCUA